AAAACUUCGCAAAGUCCCUCCUCCCCACGUCAGGCCAAUGACACCGCUGCCCCCGAACUUUCCGCCCGCACGGAGAUAUAAGAGCCUCCGAGUCGGCCGCCUUCGUCCAACUCCCAGACACCUCGCGGGCUCGCCGGCACCGGCCGCGUUUCCAGGAGGCCUCGCGGGGUGCGCGGGCGGCCGUUGGGCGCCUUCUUUUUGGACCUCGGGGCCAUCCACACCGUCCCCUCCCCCGCGCGCCUCCCUCCCCGCCUCCCCCGCGCGCCCUCCCCGCGGAGAUCCUCCCCGUCCCUCCUCCCGUCCCUCCUCGGCCGCCGCCGCACCGCCCGGGCCGGCGCCGCGCGCGGGGGAAGCUGGCGGGCUGAGGCGCCCGCUCUCCUCCUCUUCCCCGGGCCGCCCCUCUGCCCCGGGCCUGCGAGGCCGCACGCUGCCGCCCGAGAGAUGAUGCAGGACGUGUCCAGCUCACCAGUCUCGCCGGCCGACGACAGCCUGAGCAACAGCGAGGAGGAGCCGGACCGGCAGCAGCCCGCGAGCGGCAAGCGCGGGGGGCGCAAGCGGCGCAGCAGCCGGCGCAGCGCAGCCGGCGGCUCGGGGCCCGGCGGGGCCGCGGGCGGGGGCGUCGGAGGCGGCGAGGAGCCGGGCAGCCCGGCCCAGGGCAAGCGCGGCAAGAAGUCUGCGGGCGGCGGCGGCGGCGCGGGCGGCGGCGGCGGCAGCAGCAGCGGCGGCGGGAGCCCCCAGUCCUACGAGGAGCUGCAGACGCAGCGGGUCAUGGCCAACGUGCGGGAGCGCCAGCGCACGCAGUCGCUGAACGAGGCGUUCGCCGCGCUGCGGAAGAUCAUCCCCACGCUGCCCUCGGACAAGCUGAGCAAGAUCCAGACCCUCAAGUUGGCGGCCAGGUACAUCGACUUCCUCUACCAGGUCCUCCAGAGCGACGAGCUGGACUCCAAGAUGGCAAGCUGCAGCUAUGUGGCCCACGAGAGGCUCAGCUAUGCCUUCUCCGUCUGGAGGAUGGAGGGGGCCUGGUCCAUGUCCGCGUCCCACUAGCAGGCGGAGCUCCCCACCCCCUCGGCAGGGCCGGAGACCUAGAUGUCAUUGUUUCCAGAGAAGGAGAAAAUGGACAGUCUAGAGACUCUGGAGCUGGAUAACUAAAAAUAAAUCUAUAUGCCAAAGAUUUUCUUGGAAAUUAGAAGAGCAGAAUCCAAAUUCAAAGAAUCAGGGCGUGGGGCGCACUUUUAAAAGAGAAAGCGAGACAGGCCCGUGGACUGUGAUUCCCAGACGGGCAGCGGCACCAUCCUCACACCUCUACAUUCUGAUAGAAGUUUGAACAGUUGUUUGUGUUCCUUUUUUUUUUAUGACGAAGAAUGUUUUUAUUGUUUUUUCAUGCAUGCAUUCUCAAGAGGUCGUGCCAAGCAGCCACUGAAAGGAAAGGCAUCAUUGUGGACAUUCUCCUUUUUAAAAUGGUAACAAUCAGAGGAAUUUUUAAGAACACCUUUAGAAAUAAAAAUGCUAGAAUCAAACUGACUUGCAAAAUCACAGUCAGUGAAUUCCUUUUUUCAUUCUUCCUCUGAGGGGAAAAAAAAACCCUUAAAAUACAAAAAACAACAUUCUAUUUAUUUAUUGAUGACCCAUGGUAAAAUGCAAAUAGAUCCGGUGUCUAAAUGCAUUCAUAUUUUUAUGAUUGUCUUGUAAAUAUCUUUGUAUAUUAUUUUUCUGCAAUAAAUAAAUAUGACUGAAAAUUUUAAUAA